AUGACGGAAAGUGAGGCCCCCGUAGUCAAGCGAAAGCGCAUCGCCACGGCCUGCCGCACAUGCCAAAAGAAAAAAAUCAAAUGCGACGGCAACAAGCCGUGCAAUUACUGCAUGACCCACGACGUCGAGUGCAUCUUCCCACAGCUGCGCCAGCGCGGAGGCUCUCGCCGAGGCGCAAAGUACAUGGAUACCCUGGAGAAUCGUCUCACCACAAUGGAGUCGCUGCUCAACAGCUCGGGCUUUUUAGCAGACAAGGACGGUCGCCAUUCAGCACCGGGAGGAUCGAUGGAGACCACGAUGCCGCCCAUUCCCAGCGUGUCCAGUGGAUCCAACACGAUGCCCCCGGCCAUGACUUCGCCGGACUCCAUCGGCCACGACUUGCCCACGCUCGAAGACUCGGCCUCACAGCACAGCUUUCACCCCUCGCCGGGGAGCAGCGAGAGGAGAACGGUGAUGGACCGUGAUAUGACGGGAGACGAUAUCACCAUGUCACGAUCGGGGCCCAAGGACAUGGGCGAUUCGGUUGACCCCAGUCUCUCACAUCCACCCAGCAGGUCGGGCCGCAUUGGGUCGGCGGCCGGGUUCUCCAUCUUUUCGCCCAAGGGCGUGCAAUGGGUGAUCGAACGGACAGGGAACAAGACAUUCAAGGACGCGAUCGUGGCCGCGGCCCAGGACGAGCAUACCAUGAACCACUGGACAUCCGACACCUUCAACUGCGUCUUCACCCGGCGCAUCUUCCGGCAGCUGCCCCCGAGGGAAGAGACCAUCUCGUUGGUGGAACGGUACUUCAAGGACUUCAACAGCGUCUGCCCCUUGUUCUCGCAGCCCGCGUUCAUGGCGUUGGUGGAACGACAGUACACGGCCACCCCGUGCGACAGUGUGGGCUGGUGGGCCAGCCUGAACAUUGUGCUAGCCAUCAUCGUCAUGCUCCAGGCGCUCAACAAUGCACCGCCCGCCAUGAUGGAGAGAUCGCGCGACUACUUCCGCAAUGCCCUGGCCGUGCUCACCGAGCUGACCAUCCGAAGCACCGAUCUCCUCGGCGUGCAGGCCUUGCUAGCCAUGGCCCUGCUCAUGCAAGGCACGCCCGACCCGCGACCGGUGGCGUUCUUUGUCGCGUCCGCCAUGAGGCUCUCGCAUACCCUCGGCCUGCACAAGAGGGAAUCGCUCUAUGGCCUUGACCCCCUCGAAGCCGAACAACGGAAACGCAUCUUCUGGAUCGCCUACCGCAUCGACAAGGACAUGUGUAUCCGCUCCGGCCUGCCGUUGAUCCAAGACGAAGAUGACAUGAGCAUGGACCUCCCGAGCGAGAACCCGCCCGACGACCUGGGCAUCGUGACCCUCCCGGACGGCCAGGGGCGGCUCAACGUCUUCCGGGCCAUGGCCGAAGUCGCCACCAUCCAAGCCCGCAUUCACAAGCGGCUGUACUCAGCCAACGUGGCCAAUCAAUCGGACGAAGAGCUGAUGGCCACCAUCACCGAGCUCGACCGGCAACUGGAGGAGUGGAAAGAAAGCGUGCCGGUCGAUCUGGACCAGCCGGACUUCGAGAUCCGCACUGCCUAUACUCCCCAUGGCCUCCACCUGAUCGUCCUGCACUUUUCCUACUACAACUGCCUCCACACCAUCCAUCGCACCUCCAUCCAACACAGCUACUGGACGGGCCGCCACAACAGCUUCGACGCUGCCCCGCUGAGUCCUCAAGUCUUCCAGUCCGCCGCGCAAUGUAGCUUUUCCGCCCGAGCCUCCAUCCGCAUGUUGAAGUAUAUUCCCGUACAAGACAUGGGCUUCGUCUGGCGAGUGCUGUACUUCCCCGUGAGCGCAUUCAUCACGCUCUUCGAGAGCAUCCUCCGUACCCCGACCGACUCUCGAUCCCGCUCCGACCUGCGCCUGAUGCGCUCCCUCGUCGACUUCCUCUCCAAGCUGCGGCGGGAGGACAGCAUGGAGCUGAACCGCAUCUUCCGGGUGUGCUCUGAGUUCGAGCGGACUGCCCGAGAGGUGGUAGAAAGAACCGAGAAGGCCGGCCAGCACAUGCACGACCGAGCACGGUCCAUGCAAGAUGUCACCACAGACAGGCAGCAGUUCUCGAACGGCCACAACACCGUCCCCUUGACACCGCUGUCAGCAACCGUGACGGGGGAUCUGGGAUAUCCGUCGCCGUCAUUGUACAGCCGCGCUGCAAACCAGGCCUUCCCAUUAGGACUCGACGAUUCUCUCAAUCAAACCCAGUUUUCACAACGACUCCCCGGCUUCAUGGCCGAAAUCCAACCCAUGUUUCCCGAUGGUCUGACCAUGCCCUGGAAUGGCAAUAUGUUCCACGAUCCUUUCGGGCCAGGGCCUUUCAGCGCCAACUCCUACGGUCUCGAAGCCACCCUGGAGGAAUGA